UUUGGAGUGCAAUAUGCAGAUUUGGGAUUCUAGUCCUACCCAAGCUCCUGCAGUCCGAGAGGUCUCCCUGAGACCCUUGAGCAGGAUACAUGAUGAAGUCCUGAUCCUCAUAUCCUAGGUAAAGAGGUUCUUUCUGUCUUCCGUAGCUAUCUACGGAGAAAUCAAUCUCAGUCCUGAGUGCGGAUUCUUCUAAUGGGCAGACUUACGCCGCGAGGCAGACAUAGUGGCUUUUGAAGGUGUGUUCGGAUAUUCCCUUGAAUUCUUCUUGAUGAAGGUGAUGGAACUGAGUGUUUUUGGGUUGUUUUAUGAUGACUAUUUGAUAACUUUCACUUGGGAUGGAGAGAAGGAAAGAGUGUGGGAAUAUAAGAGUAGGAGGAUGGGGGGCCUUUUAUGGGCGAAGUAGUAGGAUGCGAGUCUGCCCACUCACCUCGACUACCCCUCACGGACCAAUCAGCAGUCAACAUUCCCCGACUUACACCCUACAUGCAACUCCCAUGCAUCUUCUUCCCACCCGCCACACCAUCUCCUGGUAAGGGAUCGGCACCCGGUCUUUCAUUCUUCUUUCCUAUCAUAUUUCUACUUAUUAUCUCGCCAUUGAAAGAGCCAUGCUCCUUGCUUAUUUUGUGCAACCCACCGUGGAUGACUCUCGGCAUCGCAACGGCCGCAGCCGUGCAUACAAUAGCGGCACAUACAGGUCUCCCACCUAGACACUACGUGCAGCACCCCGAGACGGCUCACCCUCGAUGCCCAAUGGCCUUUCCAUACCCUUGGUAUUCCAUUUUUCCAUGCAUCGUCUCAUAUUGGUCAUUAGUCUCCCCUUCCAUCCUUUGUCAGCCCACCAUUGCCGCCAUGCCGCUUUUUACCCUCUCUCUCUCUCUACCUCAUCCUCAAACACUUCACUGCCACCAGCCUUAUUCCGGUUUUGUCUACAUGCAUCUUUUAUACUUCGUUACAUGCCCAAUUUUGUCUCCCUUUCUAUCACACUACCCCUCAACACCUUAAAGUUGACUCAUAUCCACCAUUCUUCAAGACUAUGUAACCCCCCCGUCUCAACUUACUUUCAGGCUUUUUAAGGUUUUAAGCAUUCUGAACUGCCACCAACCAACCACCAACA